GGCAGGGCGCUGCGUUCGCCAGACGACGUGCGUUGCCUCGGCCCGAUCUCCGAGCCUCCGCUAAAGUGCCGUUUUGUGAUCACAACCCGUCCAUUAGGAAAAAAGCAAGCCCGCAACACACGUUCGGAAAGUGAAAAAGAACAGAUAGAAAAGCAGUGCGUAGCGAUCUUCCAAUUCUGCGCGGCCUUUGCCCUUCGUAGGACUGCUGGGACCACACCUCGGGUUUCGCGUGCAGAUUCGACACCCCUCGAGCCACGCUGAGACGACGCCUACUCGAGCUGCGGUGCAUGGACUUUUCUCUGGCCACUCUGCUCGGCCCAGUACGACAUCACACACAGCGCGAAUCUGGAGUCCUGGGUCUGCCCUAAACCAUCUUCAGGAGCCUGAGGGGCACGAGUUUCUCUCGGAAUGGACGUGGUGUCUCUAAACAAACCAAGUGCUAACUAAAGAGUUGUAAUAACAAACAGCAUUCCGCACAGGGUUACGACAUUGACUUUCAAGACGAUGCAACCCUUGGGUCAUGCGCAGUAGCGUGCUAAGAAGCGGCGUUCGGCCGCGCAGCCACCGUCACGCCAGAUGACGUGUCGUUGAGUGACGACGCUAUGGCCGUCAAGUGGGAGAAGCUCUCCCCGGCGGAGUUUCAGCAGCUCCAGGACUACAUACAAUAUUCAUCGAAGAAGCUUCCAGAUGUGCUUGAGGAGUUCAAAGAAAAUGGUGCUCUCAGCAAAUACAACGCCGAAGGGGAUAUCGACUUGGAAGGAUUCCAGGCAUUCAUGGACACUUACCUGGAGAUGGACACUCCGCGUGACCUUGUCAAGCACCUGUUUCUGUCUUUCGUGCGCAAAUCUGCACCCUGUCGCGCACAAAUCGCCGAUGGGAGACUCCUCAAAUUUCGCCAUCUGGUGGCUGGAAAAUUUCAGAAGGAAGAGAUAAUCGAUGAUAGGAAGACUGCCGUUUUACAUAGGACCCUUACCGGUGGUUCACUUGACAAAAGUGCAAAGAUGGCGGCGGUGACGUCCACGACUGCGUGCGCGCCCAUCACGUCGCACACGCAGCACAGUGGGUCGCUACCCGAGCUGGCCAAGCAGUCCCUAACGGUGGUGCCUCCGUCAGCUGUGUUGGCCGUCACUGGAGAACAGCGGCGCGAAGAGAGCAAACCGCACCAUGUAGGCUUCGCAGAACGCCUCCACGGACUCACCGAGAGACUGCACAGCAUCGGAGGACACCUGCGAAACGACGGCGACAGCUCUGCCAGAACAAGAACGGGAAGCGCCUCAAUUCACCCUGUGGUGACGGUAACGCAGAACUACGGUGACUCUACGGACUCCUCCCCGAACCAAAGCCAGGUUUCCAGGAAUUCCUCCAGAAAGUCAAACAGCUCCUUACUCGUCCACAAUGUGGACCUGAAGCCUCUUCGUAAGACGAGUAGCCAUGUGGACGUGCACACGGUCCGUGUUCCUCUGAAGGACAUCAUCUGUUACCUUUCCCUUAUGGAAGCAGGGCGUCCAGAGGACAAGCUAGAAUUCAUGUUCAGACUAUACGAUACGGAUGGCAACGGAUACCUUGACAACAACGAGACUGACUGUAUCGUGAACCAGAUGAUGAGCGUGGCUGAAUAUCUGGGCUGGGACGUGUCUGAACUGAAGCCAAUCUUGCAAGAGAUGAUGGUGGAGAUUGACUACGACUCUGACGGCACGGUGUCGCUGGAAGAGUGGAAAAGAGGUGGAAUGACCACCAUCCCUCUCCUGGUCUUGCUCGGGCUGGAUUCCCAGAACGUGAAGGACGAUGGCAACCACGUAUGGCGACUGAAGCAUUUCAACCGGCCAGCUUAUUGCAAUCUCUGUCUCAACAUGCUCGUAGGGCUCGGCAAGAAGGGACUGUGCUGCAUUUUUUGUAAGUACACAGUACACGAGCGAUGUGUCCAGAGAGCUCCAGCUUCCUGUAUCAACACCUAUGUCAAGUCGAAGAGAACGUCACAGUCGCUGGUUCACCACUGGACGGAAGGCAACUGCACGGGAAAAUGCAGUAAGUGCAAAAAAACUAUCAAGAGCUACAACGGCAUCGCAGGACUCCACUGCCGCUGGUGUCAGAUGACGCUCCACAACCACUGUGCUCCUCAAGUGAAACCGGACUGCAUCCUCGGGCCCCACAAAGAUCACAUUCUACCGCCGACAUCCAUAUGCCCAGCUGUUCUUGAACGACAGAGAAGCGUCAGCAGCAGCCAGAAAAAGUCCCUAUCGAGGUCGGACUCCAACAAGGUCUCAGAGGGCAACCAAAGCAGUGUUUCUCCGACUUCAUUCCAAGUAACCCCUGUUCCUGGAACCCAUCCUCUUCUAGUCCUUAUCAACCCCAAAAGCGGAGGACGACAGGGUAUGAGGAUACUGAGGAAGUUCCAGUACUUGCUCAAUCCUCGACAAGUGUACAAUGUUGCCAAAGGCGGACCAAUCCAAGGGUUGCAGUUUUUUAAGGAGAUUCCAAAUUAUCGAGUUCUUUGUUGCGGAGGUGACGGCACAGUCGGUUGGGUACUAGACACGAUCGACAAAUUGGGCUUCACUCAACUUCCUCCAGUGGGAAUACUUCCUCUGGGAACUGGAAAUGACCUUGCACGGUGUUUGCGUUGGGGACCAGGCUACGAAAACGAAAGCUUAGACAAGAUACUAAAGAAGGUAGAGAAGUCUAACGGCGUCAUGAUGGACCGGUGGAAGAUUGACAUCAGCAACACCGCAAAUUCCGACGAACGGGGAGACCCCAUUCCUUGCAAUAUUUUCAACAACUAUUUUUCUAUAGGCGUUGAUGCAUCCAUAGCCAUCAAAUUCCACCUGGAGCGCGAGAAGCAUCCAGAAAAAUUUAAUAGCAGGAUGAAAAAUAAAAUGUGGUACUUUGAAUUCGCAACAUCCGAGACGUUCUUCGCAACGUGCAAGAAUCUUCACGAUGACGUGGACAUAAUGUGUGAUGGCGUUUCGCUCGAGUUAUCAAACGGUCCGUCACUGCAAGGCAUCGCUGUUCUUAACAUCCCAAGUAUCUACGGCGGAUCAAACCUUUGGGGCGAUAACGCGUCGACGCGGAAACGAACGCGUUCCAAGCGGCGCAAGAAGCAUGACAGGGACGUCUCUACCAAUAGCUUUAAUUCCAUCGACCUCAGCAAUGCUGUCCAAGAUAUUGGCGACCGACUGAUUGAAGUAAUUGGUCUGGAAAGCAGCAUGCACAUGGGUCAAGUGAAGGCUGGUCUGCGUGCUUCGGGAAGACGAUUAGCCCAGUGCACAUCUGUGGUCAUACGAACGAGAAAAAGGUUUCCAAUGCAAAUCGAUGGUGAACCCUGGGUUCAGCCUCCAUGCACGAUCCAGAUCACCCACAAAAACCAGAUGCCAAUGCUGAUGGCGCCUUUGCCAACGAAGUCCAGGUUUCCAUUCUUUUUCUUUAAAAAGUCAUGAUCUACUGCAGACGGACAGCGGCUGCGAAAGUUGUACACAUUCUAACAGCCGACGUGUAUCGAGAGCUUCUAUGUAAUAGUAACCAAAGUAGAUGAUACCCUCUUGCCUUUUCUGAUAAGAGAGAAAAAAGUUCUUCAUAUCGACUCUACGUGUAAACCGUCUGAUUUUUUUGGGAAUGUUCAUUGAAGUGCGUUGUAAAUGGAACGCAAAAGUCACACGGUUUCUUUUUCCCGUUUCACUUCCGUGAACAAAAUCUAUGAAGAGGAUUUGGACCACUUUUUCCUUUUUCCUACAUCGGAAGGCGAGCGGGUAUCAUUCUGCAUACGUUAAACAUUCCAAGUAUAUCUCACCUCACAUAUUACGUUCAGGUGUACAGCAGUAGUUAAAAGCCCAAAUACAACGCUUCUCUAGUUCCUGAUGUUCGAACUGUGCAAAUGUCAUGGCUUGGUCACCACGUCGAUAAACGUUGCUAACGUAAAGGAUGGCGCCUUCGCUACGAUGUCUGUGCUCACUAUACCGCACGUAGCGGUUACGCAGUGCAUAGGGGUACAGCAUCGCAACGGAGGGGAGGCAGGGAUUGGAGCAGGGACGAGUUUGAAAGUUAUUGGAAACGCAAGUAAGAUGACGGAACUACUAAACAAAACUACAACGAUGAGCAAAUUAGAAUGGUGCAAGCAAGCUGGUGUACUAUAGAAAGAGGUAACAUUUCCUUUAGUUUGAGGAACACACAAUACGAAGAGGACAACACAUGACUCACACACCCAAAACUACAACUCAAACACUGUAGAGAGUAGCAGCAAAAAUCAAGUAACGGUAACGCAAAUAGAAGAAAAAAAUAGUAUUGUCCAAGUUGGAUUUUUGGUAACAGUAACGAAAACGGCAACGCGUACCACGUUCCACCAUUACCGGAUGCAAAAACGAAACGAAAAUGUUCGGGUGCUAUUGGAUUCCGGUAACGGAUGUUAAUGUUAUGCGAGAACACGAAUGUUUCUUUUUCUGAGGACUCUAUUAUCUGUGAUACAUGCCCGUAUUCUUAAUACUAUCUGUAAUAGAAUACCACACAAGGGAACGGGAAACGCCAAAUGGGUUCCUCACUAUGUAUCCUUCGCUCGCUCGACCCAGUCUGCAUAACUCCUAAUGAUGCACACAUACGCAAAACGAAGUCAACACAUCCUCCUGAAGGUGCCUGAACAAUGGGCGGAAGACAGAAGACACAACAAGAAAACACACCACGAAGGCUUCCUGAGGCCAACUUUCGCGUGGUGCAUGAUGACCGUGAAGCCUUGCGCCCCUCUCCCCCAAACCACUGUCUAAAGAUUGCAGAAUAGCAUGAAGAAAAUUAGGUAUAUAGGAUACACACAUGUAUACUCUCCAUCUUUAGCUGUGCGCAGAUGACAGGUAAUUCAUUUCCGUUACAUAGAUGUUCUACAUUGCAAAGCAAAUUUCUGAUUGAAGGCAAGUGCAACGGUGCAAAAUGAAUUGAGGCACGUUAAAUGAGUGGUGGAAAAAUUCUAACUCUGCAGUGAAAAUUUUGUUUGCUAUCCCUUUAUUACUGACCUUAUGAGCUUCCGGGGUCCCCGUCUUCUGGUGCCCCCUCUGAUAAAAGGGUCCGGGGCGGCUGGCCCUCUCGCGCCCUUUUCGGAAUAGCUCUGCUCCCAGACGCGUGUCUUCGUCUCUCUUAUUUCAUCUUGAACUGGCAGUACUGUUUUCUGCUGAAAAAAAAAAGAACAUCCGUUUGUGUGUCAGAGCUCACAAAGAGCAUCCUAAAAGCGAUAAAACCCCGAUGCAGGGGACACACAGACAAAACAGACGAAGCACUGUCUGGAGCACUGGAAGCACUGUGGAGAUCUGGUUACACAGAUUAAGGGCUGCUCGACUUUCAGCAAAGCACUCUGCAGGAUGAAAACACGUCUCUACACAUUUUCAUUCGAAUCCGGGUACGAUUUCACCGAAGCGAAAUUACUAGAAGGAACAGAUGCAAGCAACCUGGUGGGUUGCUUUCCUUGAUUGAUUUGUUUGAGUUUGAGGAACAAAGACAGACAUUCGUUUGUGUAGUGUCUGUCUUUCUGUAUUUUUCUUCGUUCCUCAAACUCGAGAAAAUGUUGCCUUCAUCAAAAUCACUCGUGUAGUAUGUGCAAGUUAUGUACUCUAAAACAACACCAGAGCUAAAAGGGGUGUCCAGUCGUAGCUUCGAUGGUGCCCUUCCAUUACUAGAAACUGCAACAGAAGCGUAACCGGAGCGAAAUUGAAAGGCUUGUGUCAGAAGCGAAAACGGUCACGGAAAUAUUGAUAUGAGCAGCACAGCGCCGAGAACAUAACGGCCAUGUGUGACACACGUCGUCACUAUCGCUGCAAUAUUUGAGUAACGAAGAUACGGUAACGAAAAUAAGCCCGUUACCCUUCCCUGACAAAAACCGGUGUUGCAAGGCAUUGUUGUGACGGAAGCCAGAUGGAAAGGAUCGACUCCGAGCGAGAUAACACCAGGCGGGCAUCUGCAAAGUAGCUUUAAUGACGAUAAGACGUGGCCGUGUCCCAAGUGCGGCCGCCCGCUAGUAUGUUCUGCCUUGCCGCUCGAACCCCGUGGACAGACGAUGCCCAUAUCUUGGGACUUGAUGUUCCACAGCAUGUAAAGAGCAGUUCUUUGUUUCUUCCUCUUGCCUUUCAGUAAGAAUAAGACUAAGCUGUCGACUAGCAAAGGGACUGUCCGCUAACAUACGGGAGGUUCUAGACGAUUUUGAUACCUCUGUUUGCGCGAAUUUGUGCCCCUACACGUUGCGUAAGUACUGCACGCAGUGUACCAAGCACGGACAUCUUUUCGUCAGCGCCAUUCUGUAUUUUCCGCUCUCUAGCGGCCUCUUUCUUCUUAGGUCACUAAGUCCAAUGUCGUUGGACGUGGUUUACUUAUUGUUACAUUUUUUACUCGCAACCACUUGCUGUAAAUAGAAGACGAUGUUUUACACAUAUGGCAACAUUCGCGUUUCAGCUAAAAUGUUACCAUUGUAAAAGGUAUAAUACAAACGCAUAUCUAAGUAUUACGAUGAUAACUUAUUAUUACAUUGUGUGUACAUACUGCACAAGCACAGAGUCGAUUCCACUGGAAUCUGCAUGAGUCAUUGUUACUCGUUAUAGUCCACAAGAUUAACUUAAUUGACUAACUAGGCCACAUUUCAUUGUGCAUAUAUGAGUCUAUGGGGAAGAGCUACCUCUGGGACAAAACGUUGGCGAUACUUGAAAGCCUGGUAUUUGUACCAAUUACCUCAACAGGAGCGAACACUGACAAGAGCUGAACGCCAAUACGUUUGCAGACAUUCAUUUCUUGCACCGUUCGCGUAUUGCGUUUAUUAGCACCCAACUCUAACUCUGAGGUGGUGAGAUGCAUGCGACAAGCUACGCUUUUGCCGGGUCCCAGCAGUUCGCAAAAGCUUCGCGACGGUUUUUCUUGUUGUCCGACUCGAAUGCACUGUUCUGGAGCUCCAAUUUCAACGCAGCCACUCCUCUUUUGAAUACUUGUCGCAUUGCUUGUUGAAGUAUGUGUGUGUUUAAAGUUCCACCACAGUCCAAUUCCGAUGUCUUCAUUAUCCUAACGAAUUGAUGUCAUUGCGAUCUACAUGUUACGCACAGUAUUCUCCCAAAAUAUUGUUUCUCUAUAUGAGGCUUCAAUGUCAUAAAAUUAAUUUCUAGUUUUGAGAAGUGCGACGUCAUGGAGGGCACAAUCUACCAACGCGUCUGGCAACAUUGCUCUUAGAAUGUCGAUUUCGGUCUUCUCACCACAGCUGCUGGCAGUCUUCCAAAGUGGAGCGGAGGGCGGAGACGUCAGAGCUCCCGGUGCCGUCACCUACUCUGGAGAAUCCGAAACUAUGAAGUUUCGCGUGAUCUUUCGAGAAUUUGUGGAAGCGCGUACUGUGUUAACACUUGGCAUUUAUAUCUUCCAUACCGAGUCUUUGUGCGAGGAAUAUUUGUAAUAUGAAAUAACGUAAACCUUUUAGUCCGUAGUAUCACUUUAAGGCACUGUAGAGAAUACAUGGAUAGGGGCCGAGUUGUAACAACAACAUAUCGCCAUUUGCAUCCCCGGAGGAAGCCUUUCCCUACCACUCGUCUCAUCUCAUAAACUUUCGAGUCAUAUCCGCCUAUACACAGUCCAUGAAUGUAUCGGGUCGACAUGCUUCUUAUAUGGUGCCUUAGCAAAAUGAGGUACAAACAAAAACGCUUGCGGCAGGCUUACGUUCGGCACUGGCAAAUGCGAUCACAGCUGCUGUAAACUUUCUUUGCUUCAACUUCCUACACGACACUUUUCAGGUGUUAACUCUGGCUCCUGUACAUGAACGUUGACAUUCAUGUAUGUAACGUUACUAUCAUGCUUACUGUCUACAUGCCAGCAAAGUGCAUAAUAUUAUGACCACAUUUUCCAAGCGACGUUUGUUAGUUGAUCUUUUCCUACUGCUAGAAGCUAUUUCUUUUUAUAUGUAGAGAGGUAAAAAAAUGUAACGAUUGCUAUGGAUGUGUACGUCGCAUAUAUUGUACUCUAGCGCACUAUUAUUCUGUGCUCUGGCAGCAAUCAUAUGAUGUUCUGUGCAGAAGUAACAAGGUCCACCUGUGCUUUGGAAUCAAUGUAUAUAACACUCUGUAUCUGUACAUAUGAGAUCUGGUUCUGACUGUUUCGAAUCAUGGUAUCUGCGAGGUAUUUUCAUGUUCUACAGCAAACUGCAGUAAAUUGUGCGAGGAUGUUACAACUGUAACAUAUUGUAUCACUGUUGCCCUACACUUUCUAUGUUGCCGGAGGGAGGGGCCUGGUUUGUAUUCCUCGUUCUGUUGUAAUUUCAGCUUACGUUACUAAAACAUUCUGGGCCGAAUGUCUACACAACUCUGAAGUUAGUCGUGUAUGUCAAAAUUCAUUAUUGGGUCCAUCCUAAACUUAUAUUUCGUCGUUCCAGCGCCCAAUAUCGUCCCCUAGAAUUUACAUUGCGAUCGGACAUUCUUGAUACCUCGGGGGUAAGGGAGUGAGUUGCACUGCAGACGACGAAGCAUCUUGAAGAGACAGACACCGACACAUUCCUCCUGUUGGUUCUAUUCCCCGGCUUCAUAAGGAAACAAACAAACAUACAAUUACUAUUGAAAAUCGGAUUGGUGGUUAUAGGUAUUCUACUGCAGCGUUUGUCAUGGCUCACGGCUUUCGCUUAGCUGUCCUUGACAGCAACACAUUUGGCGUAGGACUCCCGCCUUAACCGUGAGAGAAAGCCGCAAAGUAAAUUCGCACUUUCUGUGCCCCUAAUGUCUAGCUAGUCAAGAGCAACCUCAUGUGCGGGUCCCAGGACAUGAAAAUGAAACGAGUCGCGAUUCCCGAAAUAUUUCGUGGACUUUGACGAUUACGGGUUUCGCACAAACCUCUUUGUACCAAACAUGGAAUUUUGUACUUUUUCAUUUCACGGAAACAAAGAUCCACCUCCUUGUUUUUUCUUUGACACACAGUCCCUUUGUCGGCGCACGCAAAUUUUCCUUUUUCUUUUUCUUUCUUUCUUUUUUUUUUUUCACAUUUCAUAAUAGGUAAAUUGUUGCUUCACACCACGAAGUUUUGUAUAAUAGAGCAUUUUGUAUAUAACUACAUUUGCAUAUACAUAAGUGUCUUCAUGUGCGAGGUCACAGGUGAAGGUAAUACAAUGUUUUAUUUUAUGUUGUCUCUCUGGGAAACAUGGAAGUUGCGCUACUUUGAUCAUACCUGCCGUAGUGGUAUUCUAUACACAGUAUUGAUAUUUAAUUGUGCCAUGUACAUAUUGUAUCAUUUGUGUGCAGGUGUGUUGUCCACAACACUGUGCUCUUGUACUCUCCUGUUACUAUUUGCGUAGUGUGUCUGCCCUACUGGAACCCACGAAUACAACUGAAACUACUUAUUCUACUGCAUUGCGUACUUUUCACACGCUGAAUAUCGACUGCGUGUCAUAGAGGAAGCAGGAAAUAUGCUAUUACUUAUACUAUAGUGCACUUUUUCCUACUCCACACAUUGUGUCCGUGCUUCGGUGUGCCAACAACACGAAAAUCCCCUUUACCUCCUAGUGCAUGCAUCCCUCGUCAAGAACUUUUAUCGCUGUCUAAGAAUCGGAGAACAAUCGAGACAUUUACCUGAUUGCGAAAUUUAAGCUGCAGGUGCGCAGUCUGCCCAGCGAAACACACCCCAGUCGCGGCACUGAAACAAAUUUCCGUGUUUACAAGUGUGAUGUGCACCUGGUAUCUUAACGCCAGUUCUAAAUAAUGGCGCAUGAACCUUUAUGCCUGGACGUUCGUGCAUGUGAAACUACAAAAGAAAAGACGGAAAGAAAAAGAGGAGUUUGAAAGCCAUAGGAUCUUAUCCUUCAAAAGCGGCCAACCCUAAGCGUUGCUCUGGUGGAACAGCCACACAAAACUGAGCUGGAGCAUUUAGUAACUCUGAGUGGAGGCAGCUUGGGAUGACGAUUUUUAUUGCAUGCGCCAUUUCAAUACUGCCCUGAAGUAUUCUACUGUGCUCGCGCGUUAUAUGCUACGUGCACAACUUGUGUCCGUGUUUUGUUUUUUUGUUUUGGCCCAGCCCGCGUAACAAAUAUCUGAUUCAGGUGCGCCUUGGUUCACUUUGUUUUGAGUCAUUUCUUCUGUACGGGCUACAAAUGAGACGCUCAUGCCAGUGCGACCUGAGCGGCCAGCAGAUUGAUCAAGUUGACCUGAAUCAGCAGAUGCGCCUUUUGCUGCGUUUCCACAUUCAUCACGAUGGCACCAGAAUAAAGGGCCAGUCCUGCAGUUCCUCAAACCUUCCGAUUAGCGGUACGAAAUGUGUUCAUGGAUCCACCCAUGGUAGUUCCUAUUCGAAGCAGUUCUGGGGAUGGCGGAUGGAAGCCCUUCACGGUUCAGACCAACAUUGGCCAGCGUCAAGUGGGGCUGUCUCCCAUGUGUCAAUUCAGCUUUACGGUGUUUCGAGUGACAGAUGCCUAAACGCUUCAGUAUGGCUUGUCAAAAUCAAAUGUUUAAAAAAUCAAUAGUUCUAAAGACAUAAUUCGUGAAUUGGACUUCGCGACGAGCGCACGAAACACCGCGUGAGCACCGUUAUCCAGGUUCCUGCAUUCGAGACAAGACACUUAAUAACACUUCUGCAGCUUGUACAACUGCUGCAUGGAAAUAUUUGUUUUCAGCAUGGCAGGUGUUCUUUGUAAGGCGGCAACCGGCGCUUAGCUCUCUCUAGGUAUUCCUUUUAAUGCUCUUUACGCUCCUCAUUAUGCCUCAGGGUUUGAUCACUUAUAUUCCAGUUUUCCUGGGGUGUUAUGGUAGUGGUGGGGUGUCACAGCUGAUGAUAGUAAGGAAUUUCUGGAAACUACUUGCCCUGUGAAAAAGUACCAGCAUGCGUCGUAGUCAAAUUAUGAUGUGCGUUCUCAUAACACAACCAGCACACGUGUCGCUGUUGUAGUAGCUGUGUAUCAAGCAAGCCUGCAGUGCUGUUAUCAAACGAUAACGGUCCCGGUUGAGACGUUUAACUUUUGUCUUUACUGUUAUUAAAGAAAACGGGCUACAGUUGAAGUGUUGGCUGCACCCCGUGCUAUAGGCACUUAAUGAAGGUUCCCUAAAUCUUAUUCAGCAACUGCUAAAUAUUUUAGCUUAAGUUCCUUUAGCUCUUCCCACACCAGUGAAGUGCCUGCAUGAGUGUAACACUGGAGGAAGAGCCGCAAAUCUCUGCGCACAUGUUGGCAUUUAUGGGUACCUGUAGCUCCAUGCUGUGUAGAACGGCACCGCAGGAAAACUUACUGUAACCUUCCUUGAUGCAUAUAUUACCUUAUAUACCGCGUCAUGUGUACACUAUAUGGUACCAAGUUCACAUUUUAUCUCCCACUUUCUCUAGGCUUCCUCGAUGUCAUGCUACCAGAAGAUCUUCCUGUAGAGUCAUUAUUUGAGUGCUAUACGACAGUGUAGAAUGUUAUACGCGAAUAAUUUUGUAAAUCUAGCUUUACUUCUCUCUGCGAAGAGAUUUUGUAUGUUGCUGAACAAGUGUUCGUUGGUAACUGUAAGCUGAUCAUGGAGCUCGCGCACAGACUUUGUACGAAAUAUUUGUAUAUACUAUGCUGGAGACGAACGUUUCAUAAUUGCAACUUGUCAUUUAUUUAAAGUUCAACAAUAAAAUUAUCAUAUUAAGGUUA